GGAGUCGCAUUGAACACACCAAGCCCAGACCGCCCAACACUCACUGUCUACCAGAGACGCGACCAAGAGAGAGAGGAAAAGAGAUCCCCUUACUAAUCAGUCUCUUCCCUGGAACCAUGAGAUUGUCCGUCUACCAUGGGCGCAUCAGCCUCGCAGAGACCGAAGAUCUGCUAGCAUCGAUGGGGAAGGAUGGCAGUUAUCUGAUCCGAGAUAGCGAGACCAUACCGGGAGUCUACUGUCUGUGUGUGUUGAAUAAAACGUUUGUUCAUACCUACCGGAUUUCGGAAACAUCUGGGAAAUGGUCAGUUCAGACAUUGAAAGGCAUUCCUCCUCGUUAUUUCAGUAGCAUAGAAAAUCUCCUUGUAACGUACAAGAAACCAGGCCAAGGACUGGUUAUACCUCUGUUACAUCCAGUGGAACACAAAGCGCAAAAAAUCCAAGACCAGAACGAAGAUUUUCAGGAAGAACGGAAGUACAUGGAAAUGCUUGGCGUGUGAUACAGCCAGAGUAUAACCGAAGAGUCCCCAGAGCAUGAUGGAGGAUUAUCUUGGAUGAAAAUAUAGUAUUCUGUUCAAUGCUGUAUUUCCACCUUAGUUAUUUGUUUAAAUGUUCUACAUGUCUAAAAAUGUGAACAUCAAUUUUCUGUAAAUAAGAUAUGUUCAUCUUUUCAAGUUGUAGAAUUCACUAAUGUAAAAUUAUUUACUGAAGUCUCUUCUUGCCUGUUCUAUUCUCAAAUAGAUGCUUCUUAGAAGGAGAUCAUUUGGCCUAAUGUGCUGUAUUGGCUUUUUCAAAGAGCCGUCCAAUUGGUUCAGGAGGUCCGGCUGGUUCUGGCUGCACUGAAUAGUCAAAACUAUA